CUCCUGAGGGGGAGGAAUCCUAAACCGGCUUCCCUCCGCUCUUUGUCACCGCGCAGCCCGGGAUGCACGGCACCGCGUUUUCAGUGACUAACGGGAGCAAGCUGCGUGCGGGAGGUGCGAGCCCGGGACACACGAAGAACCACGGGCCCUUGCGCGCCGCCUGGGUCCGGUCUCAGUGCUCUCCCUGGAGCUGUAAGGCACGGCGGGGCAGCUGCCGCUGUGCAGGGGUAACGGGGCACUGCAGACAAACAGGAGAGGCACUGCCAGGGGCCGCGGAGCGCACCCUCCCGCGCUUUCUCCACAGGGCGCAGCUGCGCCGGCGCAGCGAGACGCAGACGGCAGCGGAAGGACGGGAUGCGGCUGCGCCACGGUCGCGCUGUCCCGGCUGCCGCCGGCGUAGUGCUGCGGCGGUACGGAGUUGGGCUGGGCUGUUCUGGCUGCUGCCGGCACAGGUGCUGCCGAGGUACUGGGUCAUGCUGCCGCGGUGCUGGGCUGUGCUGGGCGUCCGGGCCGCCCCGGCAGCUGCCAGCGGCGUGUCGGGCAGCCGGUGCCAGUGGAGGCCGGCCCGCCUCCUACUGAGCCCCGUGGAGCUGCAGGCGCGGGGCCCGCAGCCGGCUUUCUCCACAACCUGCGCGAACUGCUCGAAAAACAGGCGGCUGAGGCAAAAAAGAGCCAUUUCGGAAAAGAAACUGACACGCUAUUUUGUGGAUCACAAGAGGGUACGUGUGAUUGGAGGACAUGGAGGAGGAGGGGGACAUUCUUUUCAUAGUGAACCUAGAAAAAUAUUUGGAGGUCCUGAUGGUGGAAAUGGAGGUGAUGGUGGUCAUGUCAUCUUGAAAGCUGACCGGCAGACAAAAUCACUUUCUUCAGUCCUCUCCUUAUAUCAGGGUUUUUGUGGAGAGAGAGGAGGAAGCAAAAACUGCUAUGGAGCCAAUGGUGCAUGCAUGUAUGUUAAAGUCCCUAUAGGUACAUUGGUUAAGGAGGAUGGGGAAGUUGUGGCUGACCUCACACAGCAUGGUGAAGAGUAUGUUGCAGCUUAUGGAGGAGCUGGAGGGAAAGGGAAUCGCUUCUUUCUUUCAAAUGAAAACCGAGCUCCAAUGUUAUUUACUCCAGGAGAGCCAGGUCAGGACAGGGUUCUCCACCUGGAACUGAAGACAACUGCUCAUGCAGGAUUGGUGGGCUUUCCCAAUGCUGGCAAAUCAUCCCUUCUGAGAGCCAUCUCCCGUGCCAAGCCAGCUGUGGCUGCCUACCCUUUCACAACCCUGAAUCCCCACGUUGGCAUUGUUCACUACCAAGACUAUGAACAAGUGGCAGUUGCUGACAUUCCUGGACUAAUAAAAGGUGCUCAUCAAAACAGAGGCCUCGGAGUGGCCUUCCUCAGGCAUAUUGAACGCUGCCACUUUCUCUUAUUUGUGGUGGACCUGUCAGUGUCUCAGCCGUGGACUCAGCUACAGGACUUAAAAUAUGAACUGGAGCAAUAUAAGAAAGGAUUGUCUGAGAGGCCUUGUGUUGUCAUUGGGAAUAAGAUUGAUCUCGCUGAGUCCAGGGUCAAUCUGCCACUUCUUAAAGAGCAUGUACAAGACCGAGUCAUUGCCUUGUCUGCGUUGAGAGGGGACAACCUGGAGGAGCUGUUCUUGCACUUGAGAGAACUCUAUGAUGCUUAUGUGAAGGCAGAACAAUCACAAGGGCAGAGCCCAGUCAAGUGGUAGAAACCACAACCACUCUGAACUGUACUGCAGGGAAAAAUAAAUCCUGAUUUGAUUA